AUGCUGGACAUGCUUGGCUGCCUUAAUAUCAAAGGAACAGUAAAGGCGAGAGACAUCGAUAGUCUCGUAGCUGAGAUGGAAGAGACAGAAAUCGAGGGUAAGAAAGCCAGGAAGGAAGCCCUGGAUAGCCUUGUACAAGGACUGGCAGCGACGAAGAUUGAAGGGCAAGACGACAAGCAGCAAAGCGAGGGGGGAACCAAGAUCAAGGAUACUGGUCAACCAAAUUAA